ACACUCUUUGCCUAUUAUCAACAACUGAACAAACAAACUCGGAUUUUAUACUUUUUAAGAGUUAUUCAAAGUCUAGAAUCGCCUCCGUCAUAUACUUUAGCUACGCGCACUGCACCAAUCGUUUCUGAAAUAUUUUAUCAGAGCAAACACGAAAACCACAUUCAACAUCAUCACACGUCUGUUUACACAGAGAACACUCUUUCUAUUCACAAAUAUGGAUUCCUCGGCCGAUAUCAAUCAGGGAAACGCCGAAGGGACGCACGCAAGCGAGCCCUUUACCGUGGAGGAAAAUAUCCAACAACUUAAUGCCGUCGAUCAACAAAUUGUUCAGCUCAUGAAGCACACUGCCACAGCCCUCAACGCACUCACAAUACCGCCCACUCCAGAGUCCAACCAAGCCCAAGACCCAGCAUCUGAACCUCCCAAACCAUCACUGGAUCCCCCCGCGCAAAAAGAUGCUUUUCGCUCAGCGACAGAUUCGUUUCUCACUGCAUUACACGCUGUCGACGUCAAGAUGAAGCGUCAAAUAUUUGCCCUCGAGGAGGCUAGUAUCAUCAACCUAGCUCCACCACAGCGUCAAGAGAACAACGGACCGGUUAUGGCAUCUCAGAAGCCAAAUGGAAUGGGCGCUGUAGGCAACAUCGGUGCAGGCUGGCUCAACAGUCGAGGUACGAGAGUGGAAAGGGACAUGGAAGCAGAGCUUUGGGACAAAGCCAAGGGUUUUUUGAAGAAGAACGAAUAUGCUGAAUAGAAUUCAGUUCAUGUGUUGCCCUGGCAAAGAAACAUUAUCUGGACGGAGGGGUACAUGGCCUGGGAUCUUGAGGACUCUAG